AUGGCUACGUUAAUAAGAAGCAAGCUUUCUAAUAAGCUGUCCAAUGCCGCUACCUCGGUCUCCAACAAAUCCCAGGCGAAGGUGAGCGGGAUGUUCGCCAGGAUGGGCUUCCAAGCCGCCACGGACGAGGAGGGUUUGGGCUUCGCCGCCUGCGAUGACCUGGAUUAUGACCAUAGACAGGGGAUGCAAAUGGACAUUUUAACAAACGAUGAGGCAGGAGCCGGAGCAGGGAGCGGACCGACAGGCACAGGGGAGGGGGGGUUGGAUGGCGACAGCCACUACCAGAGAGAUGGAACCGGUCUGCCGCCCUCAGGCUCCAAAGACGGAAGUCUGGCAGAAGAAGAUAAACCAAAAAUUACCGCAUGGGAGGCCGGCUGGAACGUGACAAAUGCCAUCCAGGGGAUGUUUGUGCUUGGCUUACCCUACGCCAUCCUGCACGGAGGAUAUCUCGGACUAUUUCUUAUCAUUUUCGCCGCUGUGGUGUGCUGCUACACAGGCAAAAUCCUCAUCGCCUGCCUGUACGAAGAGAACGAGGAUGGGCAGCUGGUACGUGUCAGGGACUCGUACGUGGACAUUGCCAACGCCUGCUGCGCGCCCAGAUUCCCUUCUUUGGGCGGUCACAUCGUGAAUGUAGCCCAGAUCAUAGAGCUGGUGAUGACCUGCAUCCUCUACGUGGUGGUCAGCGGUAACCUCAUGGAGAACAGCUUCCCCACCAUGCCCGUCUCCCAGAAGUCCUGGGCCAUCAUCGCGACCGUGGCCCUCCUUCCCUGCGCCUUUCUCAAGAACCUGAAGGCCGUCUCCAAGUUCAGCCUGCUGUGCACGAUGGCCCACUUCGUUAUCAACGUCCUGGUGAUCGCCUACUGCCUCUCCAGGGCCAGGGACUGGGCGUGGGACAAAGUCAAGUUCUACAUCGACGUCAAGAAGUUCCCCAUCUCCAUCGGCAUCAUCGUGUUCAGCUACACCUCUCAGAUUUUCCUGCCUUCUCUCGAGGGGAACAUGAACAAGCCCAGCGAGUUCCACUGCAUGAUGAACUGGACCCAUAUCGCCGCAUGCAUCCUCAAGGGCCUGUUCGCCCUGGUGGCCUACCUGACCUGGGCGGACGCGACCAAGGAGGUCAUCACAGACAACCUGCCGUCCACCAUCCGAGCCGUCGUCAAUCUUUUCCUAGUAGCCAAAGCCUUGCUGUCCUAUCCAUUGCCGUUUUUCGCAGCCGUAGAGGUUUUGGAAAAAAGCUUUUUCGGUGACGGAGGACGGGCGUUUCCAGAUUGCUACGGGGCCGACGGACGCCUGAAGUCUUGGGGUCUCACUCUUCGAUGCACCCUGGUUGUGUUUACGUUGCUGAUGGCCAUUUAUGUCCCACACUUCGCUCUCCUCAUGGGGCUCACUGGAAGUCUCACGGGCGCUGGGCUGUGCUUUCUACUGCCCAGCCUCUUCCACCUCAAGCUUUUAUGGAGAAAGCUCUUGUGGCACCACGUGUUCUUCGAUGUCGCCAUCUUUGUAAUAGGGGGUAUAUGCAGUAUAUCCGGUUUCAUUCAUUCGAUGGAGGGCCUCAUAGAAGCGUACAAGUACAACAUAGAAGAGUAGAUUCAAAGUUAAACCAUCGCUGAGAAUUAGAUGUCAAUUGCAGAUCCCCAUUUUAGUGCAAAACACACGACUUCCUAUUCAAGUGCAGCCCCUGCUUACUAUACGCGUUCAACACAUAUUUGUGCGAUGCAUAGUCUUGCAUCGAUUUACGCACACACAAACACGCAAACACUCUAUCUCUAUCUCUCUCUCUCACUCAAACACACACGCACACACACACACACACACACACACACACAUGCAGGUGCAUGAGCGUGCACACAGACGCGCCCAUGCUCACACAGUGAGGAAUAGAUAGGUAUACGGUGACUAAGCGAGUGAUUCAUUCCCCACACACUAUAUGGAUAACAUGAUGUAUUGAUAUGCGAACAACGCUACAUAUAAAUAUUUUCCAGUGGAGUGAAGGUUUACAGUAUUGAACAAAUCAAACUUGCAAAAUGGUCCAUAUGUAUUUUCAUCGCUCUUGUGGUGGUCCCACACUUGAGAAUACACAUCAUUAGACGUUUAAGGUUGUGAUUGAGGACACAAAUUUGACAUAUUGUGAUUAAAUGGCUAAUAAGAAGCGUUUAUUAAAAAAAUGCCACUUUCUUGUUUUUGGUGUUUUGCAGUAUUCCAACAUGCCACCCGUUUUGAGUCAUUGAUACGCUUCUGGAAUUGGCUAAUACGAUUUUAUUGCAAUAACUAACAGUUAUUGUUCUAACAGUCAGGCUGUUCUAACAAUGAAUGAAUAGGAAAAGAAUGAUGACAGCAAAUAAUACGUGACAUGUGGAAAUUGGACCUCUCUCAAAAUAUUGGACCUAGAUACCCCGACGUUUUGCAGCAGCUAUACAAACUAUGCAUUGAAUGUAUGAUAUUCAGACACAAAUAUGAUCAAUUUGGGAGGAGAAAAAAUAACUUCCCAGAAAUGUUUCUUUACAUUGACGCUCAAACAACGUUGGAAUUGAGCCUAUAUGUCCUAGAGAAAGGCCUAUGUCCUACAGUGAGGCCUAGAGCUUACAGUGAGGCCUAGAGCCUACAGUGAGGUUUAUGUCCUACAGUGAGGCCUAGAGCCUAGAGAGAGCUCUAGAGCCUAGAGUAAGGCCUAUAGCCUACAGAGAGGCCUGGAGUAUAUAAGAAAAGCCUGGUUUGACAUGUUGACAUUUUGGAAGACGAUAAUACGAGUUAACACGUAUACUGUGUUGAACUGAUCAGAUAACAAUAGUCCACUCCAGGAGGGGGGCAGCAAAUUUAAAUCCUUUAAUCUAGGCCAUUUCUCAAAUGUUUUUCUUUGUGAAUUUGAAAUGUAUAUUCCGAGAAUAGAUUGAUUGAUUCUUUGUUCGAAAUUCUGUCGUUUGGAGCUAAAAUAUUAAGAGAUCAAAAAUUAAGAAAAUGUGCAUAAAGACAUUGUUCACUCUGUGCGAUCCAAUGGGUCAUGUGGAAAUGUUAUAAAAACCGUAUGUGUAGUGUUACUGUGGUUUCAAAAAGAUGGAAUGUAUAUCUCAAAAUCGUUAUCAUAUAUCGUGAAAAUGAAUAUUAAAGAAUAAAUAAGUGAAAUUA